AUGGUGCACGUCCGAGGCCCGUGGCUGCCUGGCUGCCUGGCCCUGGCUGUCCUGGUCAGCCUUGUGCACAGCCAGAAUGUGUUCCUGGCCCCUCAGCAAGCCCUGUCACUGCUCAGCCGGGUCCGCCGUGCCAACAGUGGCUUCCUGGAGGAACUGCGCAAAGGUAACCUGGAGCGGGAGUGCAUAGAGGAGGUGUGCGACUAUGAGGAGGCAUUCGAGGUGCUGGAGUCUGCUGUUGACACGGAAAUGUUCUGGGUCAAGUACAAAGCCUGUGAGAAUGUGAGGAAACCUCGAGAAAAACUCAUUGAAUGUCUGGAAGGGUACUGCGCCGAGGGGAUGGGCAAGAACUAUCGCGGGAAUGUGAACUUCACCCGCUCAGGCAUCGAGUGCCAGCUCUGGAAGAGUCGCUACCCACAUAAUCCUGAAAUUAACACCAUCAGCCACCCUGAGGCCGACCUGAAGGAGAAUUUCUGCCGUAACCCAGACAGCAGCACUACAGGGCCAUGGUGCUACACCACAGACCCCACCGUGCGGAGGGAGGAGUGCAUCGUCCCUUUGUGUGGCCCAGGAGGUGUCAUCGUGCGGCAGCCGACCCCGCGCCCCAGAAGCAAGCCAGUGGCCUCGGCCCCCUCCGAGCCCUGCAUUCCCAACCGCGGGCAGCAGUACCAGGGCCGCUUGGCGGUGAGCGCGCUUGGCUCGCCCUGCCUGCCGUGGGCCAGCGCACAGGCCAAGGCGCUGAGCAAGGACCAGGACUUCCGCCCGGACGUGCUGCUGCUGGAGAACUUCUGCCGGAAUCCGGACGGGGAUGAGGAGGGGGUGUGGUGCUACGUGGCUGGGGAGCCUGGUGACUUCGAGUACUGUGACCUCAACUACUGCGACGAGCCGGUGGACGAGGAGGUAGAUUACACGCUGGGCGAGGACACCGACUCCAUCCAAGGGCGCACGGGCGCCGCGAAGUUCGAGCCCUUCUUCAAUGAGAAGACCUUCGGCGCCGGGGAGGCAGACUGUGGGCUAAGACCUCUGUUCGAGAAGUUGUCGAAGGAUGACAAGACGGAGCAUGAGCUGCUGGAGUCCUACAUCGAAGGGCGCGUGGUGGGGGGCUCGGACGCAGACCUUGGCAUCGCACCCUGGCAGGUGAUGAUUUUCCGGAAGACCCCCCAGGAGCUGCUGUGCGGGGCGAGCCUGAUCAGUGACCGCUGGGUUCUCACUGCAGCCCACUGCAUACUGUACCCGCCGUGGGACAAGAACUUCACCGUGGAUGAACUUCUGGUGCGCAGUGGCAAGCACUCCCGCACCAGGUAUGAGCGGAAUACAGAGAAGAUUUCCAUGCUGGAGAGGAUCAUCAUCCACCCCAGGUACAACUGGAAGGAGAACCUGGACCGGGACAUCGCCCUGCUGAAACUCAAGAAGCCUCUCACUUUCAGUGACCACAUUCACCCCGUGUGCCUGCCUGACAAGGAGACGGCAGUGAGUUUGCUCCGGGCUGGAUACAAAGGGCGUGUGACUGGCUGGGGCAACCUGAAGGAGACAUGGACAGUCAACCCUGGGGAGGUGCAGCCCAGCGUCCUGCAGGUGGUGAACCUGCCCAUCGUGGAGAGGCCAGUUUGUAGACAGUCCACCCGCAUCCGCAUCACGGACAAUAUGUUCUGUGCUGGUUACAAGCCCGAGGAAGGCAAACGAGGAGAUGCUUGUGAAGGUGACAGUGGGGGUCCCUUUGUAAUGAAGAGCCCCUAUAACAACCGCUGGUAUCAGAUGGGCAUCGUCUCAUGGGGUGAAGGCUGUGACCGAGAUGGGAAAUACGGCUUCUACACACAUGUGUUCCGCUUGAAGAAGUGGAUACAGAAGACCAUUGAUCGCUUCGGAAGUUAG